CUUAACGUCUGCCCAUCUAGCUAUAUUAGUGGUCGACGCUUAACGUCUGCCCAUCUAGCUAUAUUAGUGGUCGACGCCUAACGUCAGAUAACACUGAAUUUGUCCUUCCGUCCGGUUAUUUACCCUGUUAUACAGCGUCAGUUGCCCAGUUGGGGGCAAACUCGGGGAAGAUUAGCAUUUUCCAACAUUGCUUGUAAUUCUCUCGGAGUGAGGAUGGCGCUGAAAAGGAUCCACAAGGAGCUGAAUGAUCUGGCUCGUGACCCUCCAGCACAGUGCUCAGCAGGACCAGUGGGAGAUGACAUGUUUCACUGGCAAGCCACGAUCAUGGGACCUAAUGACAGUCCAUAUCAGGGGGGCGUUUUCUUCCUGGCCAUCCAUUUCCCCACAGACUAUCCUUUCAAACCUCCUAAGUUAGCGUUCACCACAAGAAUUUACCACCCCAAUAUUAACAGUAACGGCAGUAUCUGUUUGGAUAUUCUCAGAUCACAGUGGUCGCCGGCUUUAACUAUUUCUAAAGUUCUGCUCUCCAUUUGCUCCCUGUUAUGUGAUCCCAACCCAGACGACCCUCUAGUACCAGAGAUCGCACGCAUCUAUAAAGCAGAUAGUGACAAAUACAGCAGAAUAGCAAGAGAAUGGACGCAGAAAUACGCCAUGUGAUGACUGGUCUGAACAGAUCAUCGGAAGGAGAACGUCGUUGUAGCUGGAGUCAACUUCAAUUGCUUGUUUUCAUUAUUUUGUUCAUUUUGUUAUCGAAUUAGACUCAUUUUGCCCCCAUUUUCACUCCUUCAUUUAUGUGCUAUUAAAAAGAUAGUGUUUGUUGCUCGGACAGUCAA